GUUUGACUUACACACAUAUUGGGGAAAUAAAAAGGUCAAAUAAGUCCUUAUAUAGGAGGCUCUGUCCGGCCGUCGCGAUUUGAGGCAGUUACCGGUGGAAUUUUUUGAUGAAAUUUUUUGAUUCAUCAAGUCUAGUUUACUCAUACCAAAUUUCAGCUAAAACUUCAAUCGGAAACGCAUUCAAAGUAAUUCUUGAAGAUAACUGCGCAUUUAUUGGUAUGAGUAACUAGACUUGAUGAAUAAGAUAUUCAAAAAAAUUCAUCAAAAUAUUCCACCGAGAAUCACCCCAAAUCACGACGGCCGAACAUAGUCUCCUAUAUAAGGACUUAUUUGAUCAUUUUUUUUCAAAUAAAAAACCACCCCCACUCUUAGUUUGGAUAAGUACUGCACAUUCUCUCCUGUACGGAGAUUCGCCCCCACACGUUCCUCAUUUUCCGUUCAGUUUCUGGUUUCUUCCCAAGUCGUCAUCUUCCAAGAAACGCCGAGAAACUACCGAAAAUUCCACAAGCCUCGCAGAAAAUCAAGCCGACAUUUUACUGCUGUCUCGGAAAAAAUGGGAAGUGAAUCAACGGAUCAAAACCAUCGCCCCUCAACCCGGGACCUAAAACCCAGUUCUUCCGGACCCAGAUCCAAAGGAUCAAAAGUCUGCGCCGCCUGUAGCCACCAGCGGAGAAAAUGCGGCCCAAACUGCCCCUUAGCUCCUUACUUUCCGGCGUGCAAACGGCGAGAUUUCAUCAAUGCCCACAAACUGUUCGGCAUAAAGAACCUCACCAAAGCUCUGGCCAGCAUCGAUGAAGAAUACAGGGACGAUUUCAUGGUGUCCGUAAUCUAUGAAGCCAAUGCCCGCGCUGCCGAUCCCGUUGGUGGCUGCCGCAAUACGAUCAGGACUCUGUAUAGCCAGUUGCAAUGUAGCAUUGCGGAAUUGGAAGCUGUGAAUCAGGAACUCGCGUUUUAUCGGUCCAGAUACCAGGACAUGAAAUUGGCGACGGCGGCAGCUUUUGACCAGCAGGCGCAACCCGGCCAAGGGUUUUGCCGGUUAAAUUCGGGUCGAGUUUCAAGUCACACGCAAAAUUUAAGUAGCCAAGAGACUCAAUCAUCAGUCGGUGGUCAAUCAUUUUCUUUGACUCCGAUUGAUCAGUGAGAUUUUUAGGUCUGCAAUUUAUUUGAUAUGUACUCAUUAGCUUCUACUCGUAUAUGCUUAAAUAUUGCAACUAAGUUAUUUAUGCCCUUCUUUAAUCUUUUGUGAGAAAUUGUUACCCUCAUUUUGAAAACAAGGAAACAUUUU